UUAUGUUUUAAUCCCACUUAAAUGAAUGGAACUGGUUGUCACGUUACGAUAUUAAACGUCAUAGUCAGACUCUAAAUUUCAAUACAUUUAAUGGAUUUGUAGUUUGAUCUAGUUUAAAACACAUUGCUUGUUAACUUCCGUACUCCGUCGUAGACAUGGAUUAUAUGAGCAUCUUUUAAAUUGCGUUUGAUGUUGAACUUUUGUAUUCUUAUCUCGAGACUCGAAUUGCUUAGAAAAAUCGAUAAACGUCCUCACAAUUCUGAUAUAGAACAACCUCACCAUUUCAUAUAACAACUCUCAUCAGAAAAGCAAUGGGCUUGGACAACGGGUCGGACAACCGCCUCGCUCUCGUCACUCCUGAUGAGGACCUAAACAAGAAACAGUCCCUGACAAUAGACCAGGUUGUGGACAAAAUAUACCAGGGCCCAACCAUCAAGCUGUUCCUGGUAUUUUGGACGGCUGUAGCGGUUAUGUAUGUGACAGCGGCUGAGACCUACAUAACAGUGUUCACAGGUCGGAUUCCCUACACGGAGUGGACAUGUGUCUCGGACACGUGUCAGAGUUUGUAUGUGGCAGCUAACAUCUCCGACUCCUUCUACUCGGAGACGUCAAUGUGUGAUAAUGAGCUGGUUGCUGGGACUGACUUCAAUUGGACGAGCACGAGAACUACUUUCUCUAUAGACUGGGGCAUCUACUGUGGUACUGAGUCUAAACUCUCUUUGGCGUCCAGCUUGUUCUUCAUUGGGGCUCUUCUGGGAUUGCUGACUUCUACUGCAAUAUUCGAUAAGUUUGGAAGAAGAAAUGGAGCGAUUGUUGGGUCUUUCAUUUCAGCUUCAGCUACAUUAGCAGGGGUAUGGGCACCUAAUUAUGAGGUCUUGCUUGCCAUUAGGAUCGUCCAGGGAUACGGUCAGUACAUGAGUUUCACUGGGGUUUACUGCUGGAUACUUGAGUUUGCGCCUAGCCACCUCCGGUGCAACAUCAACACCAUUACCCUCUUUGCAUGGAAUUUAGGCUUUUUCCUCAUGGUUGGCUUGGCUUACUUCAUCACAACAUGGCAGUAUAUCUUCCUAGCCGUUGCUGUUAUCAACUACGUGUGUAUCAUUUCUCUUUUUAUCUACCCAAUAUCCCCACGAUUUGCACUGGUCCAGGGACGUGAUGAGGAUGCUAAGAAGAUCCUGCAAUCAUACUCACGAAUAUACGGUAACGAGAUGUCGAUGGAGUCUGUGGAUUUGGUGUACAAGGACAGAGUGCAGAACUUUUGGGAGCAAAUCAAAGAUUUCAAGACUCACCCCGCUAUGCUGAAGAGAACAUUGCUGGGCUGUAUUUGUUGGUUCAUGUGCGGAGCCUUGUUCUACGGGUUUUCUUUUGGAUGGAGCAAAAUUGGCUCCAAUAUCUACACGGCGUACUGUUUUGCGGCUGUUGGGAACACCAUCGCGUUUGCUGUAAUGACACCAACUUGCAAUCUGAUUGGUAGAAAGAAAUCAGGCCUUGUUUUCUUCGGGAUCGUAGUCCUCUCAAAUCUGUUGGCGAUGCCAGAUGUCAACUUUUCUGACAAAUGGACCCUGAACUACGUUGCCUGUUUGAUCGGCAGUAUUUCAGUCCUCGCUGCCUUUCUCCUUAUGUAUCUCUUCACCAGCGAGCUAGCCCCCACCUCACAUCGCGGCAUGAUAAUGUCCCUCAGCUCCAGUUGUGCCCGGUUAGGUAGUUUCGCUGGGCCUUAUAUUAGUUUACUUUACAAGGUAACGGAUAGGAGAGUAACUGCUGGGGUAUUUGGUGGAAUGGCCCUUAUCGGCGUGGCUGUGGUCUUCUUCCUGCCGGACACUACUGGGGUGAGGAUACCGGAGGUGCCGGGUGAUCUGACAUCUGGGACUGAGUACCAGAAGGUCGAGAACGGGACACAAGUUCCAAACCAUGAAGAGGAAGCUUGAGAGAGCUGAUUAGAUCGCUCGUGAUGUAACACGUGAUAUAACACGUGAUGUAACACGUGAUAUAACACGUGAUAUCACACGUGAUGUAACACGUGAUAUAACACGUGAUGUAACACGUGAUAUAACACGUGAUAUAACACGUGAUAUAACACGUGAUAUAUUUCAAAUAGACUGUGAUAUAAUAGACUUCUUGUCGAUAAUAGGUUUGAAUCGUGAUAUUUUAUUAAAUUGUCCACUUUCGUUGACUUUUACACUGGUAAACUGAUGAAAUUAAUUCUAGGAUUUAUAGUUUAGUUGGUAAUCCACAUUUAUAGUGUUUUGCUUAUUAGUGGUUUAUAUACAUUAUUCGUUUAUCUACAUUACACCGAUGUAUUUUAUGGCCAAUAAUAAUAUAUAAAAUAUGGAUAUUUUGUUUGUUCACUCGCUGUUUUGUGCCUAUUCUAUGUACAUUUAUUGAACUGUUGAUAUAUUUAAAUGUAUAUCGGAGGUCUUUAAUAAGCAAUGAUAAUGUUAUAUUAUUAAGAUAGCUUAAUAGAAAAAUGAAUCAUCG